AUGUUCAGUGUGACGCGCGAAUUUUCCCCCUGUGGGAAAUAUUGUGGCUAUAUUAGCCAACAGGGUAAAUUUGUCGUGCACGAUGUGGAAACGAGCACGCUACAUCAGGUCUAUACGCCGAACAUGCAUCUGAACGUUCCGUGCACCAGUUUCGCCUGGGUUCAGAUCGGGGAUGCUGAAACGAAGGUGAAGAAAAAAUCGAAAAAAGCACGAGCAAGUCUUGUGGAAAAUGGAACCAGUGUACAGUUGUUGGUCGCAUUCGGCACGAGUAAGGGUGGUAUUGCGUUUUAUAACCUCGCAACCGCUACCAUCGAGCGUACCUGCAAAGGCGAUGGCCAUACCGCUCCCAUUACAGCAAUCUAUUUCAACGCACGUCACAACCCAGAUGCACUGUACACGGCUGGUGCCGAUGGAAACGUUAUCGAGUGGAGCAUUAGCAAGUGCAGCCAGCAAAGAGUGUACCACAUUGGUGUGGAGAAGUUGACUUGUGUUUUGGCACAUUCCGGUACAAUUGUGACCGGUGCGAAACAGCUCAAAUUGUGGAGCAUCGAAAAUGAUGCACUGGAGCGUACGCUUUUCGGGCAUACGUCCAAUACGCAGCUGUUGCAGCUAGUAGCACCGGAUGCGGACAAUAUUUACAUCUUGUCGGGAUCGGUUAACGAUCGUAAUUUAUCCCUUUGGUCACUGAGCGAUGAGAAAAACAAUACGCCGGUAGCAGCCUUCGCGCUGGACGAUGUGCCAGAAUAUAUUUCUCCGAAGAUGGUCUACGGUAAGCUACAUUUGAUUGCCGUCUCUAGGACUGGCAUUGCUCAUUAUUUCGUGCGCGAUAUGGGCAAAUUGAGCGUAAAGAAACCGUACCGAGCGUCUCACACGUUCGAGGUAGCGAUGGACAUGGUGAGCACGAAAAAGCAGGCGGUCGAUCGGAUACCCGUGUUUAUGGCCACCGUACAGUAUGCGGCACAGCAGGAACAAAUACUUCUUGGGUACGGUUCCGAGUGGCAGGUGCGCUUCGAACAUGUUGCCAUCGAAGAGAACGUCAAGAUAAACGUGAUCAUCCGUGAGCCUUUGAAAAUGUUGGAAGGCAAAGCGAAGGAAGGCGAACAUAAAUCAAAAACACCUACGAUCGAUGCAGCCAAUGUGGAAUAUAUGAACGCCGCUAAUGCUAGUAGAAAGACCGUCAAGGAGGUGGAAAUUCCCAUGGAAGUGCGACUGGAAAACCUAUCGACGCCCAAGACAAGCUCCAAGAAUAUGAUUCAUCUGCUGGUACAAGGACUGCACAGCAGGGAUGCGACUCUUUUGCGAAAUGUGUUUGCAGUGGACGAUUCGGACAUGGUUCAACAAACGCUUGGCCGAUUGCCUCCCCAAUAUGUGAGCCCACUGUUGAACGAACUGUCCCACAUGAUGCAGAUGAAAACGAUGCACGUUAAAACAGCAGUGUGCUGGUUGAAACAUUUAAUCCACAUACACGCGAGCCAGCUGAUGGCGCUGGGUUCAUCGAAUCUGCUUGCUAACUUUAGCACUUGCCUCGGGAUCAUCGAGUACCGGGUGGAACACCUGAAUUCGCUUUCGAGACUACGAGGACGGUUAGAGUUGCUGAUCGAUCAGAUUGAUCGAAGCAAAAACCGGGCGGCAAAUCUGGACGACAGAUCCAACAUGAAUGUGCUAGUGUAUCAGGAGGGUGACGAUUCGGACGUGGACUCGAUGCUAGAGAAGGAUGAUGCCGAUCUGCCGGAUUCGUCAAACGAGGAGAUGUACGACGAAGAUGACAAUGAGGAGGACGACGUUGAGCCAGGGUAUGCUAAUGGAACCGACUCGGGAGCUGAACAGCACCGGCGUAACGGAUAUUCCAGAAAGGAUAGUGAUGAAGAAUCGAUGGAAGUGUCCGAUUGA